GUAGUUCUCCCUGGUCGAGUGACUCCUUAAGGCGAGGUGGGUGUUUGCUUACGCAGCCCCAGGCUAUUAGGCUUAGUCUUACAGGUUUUGGCAAAGCGGAAACACUUCGGGACCCUGGGCGGGUUCUUUGUCUCAUCUCUCGGCUUCUGCUUUACACAGGCCCUUCUGUCUGCUGUGUCUCACGUCGGGACUCUAAGGGCGGCUUGGCAGUUCCUGCUGACAGCGCCGCCCGGGCCGGGCUCCAGGAAGGAGAGGCGGUGAGAGCCAGGUCGCAAACAUGUCUGACAAAAGUGAAUUAAAGGCAGAGUUGGAACGUAAGAAGCAGCGGUUGGCUCAAAUAAGAGAGGAAAAGAAGAGGAAAGAAGAAGAAAGGAAAAAAAAGGAAACUGAUCAGAAGAAGGAAGCAGCUGCUCCUGUGCAAGAAGAAUCAGAUCUUGAAAAAAAAAGAAGAGAAGCUGAAGCAUUGCUUCAAAGCAUGGGGCUAACUCCAGAAUCCCCCAUUGUCCCUCCUCCUAUGUCUCCAUCCUCCAAAUCUGUGAGCACUCCAAGCGAAGCUGGAAGCCAAGACUCUGGAGAUGGCGCAGUGGGAUCUAGACGAGGACCUAUUAAACUUGGAAUGGCUAAAAUUACGCAAGUUGACUUUCCGCCUCGUGAAAUCGUCACAUAUACGAAGGAAACUCAGACUCCAGUUAUGGCUCAACCCAAAGAAGAUGAAGAGGAAGAAGAUGACGUAGUGACUCCUAAACCACCUAUUGAACCUGAGGAAGAGAAAACUUUAAAGAAAGAUGAAGAAAGUGAUAGUAAAGCCCCCCCGCACGAGCUGACUGAAGAAGAAAAGCAGCAAAUCUUGCACUCUGAGGAAUUUUUAAGUUUCUUCGACCAUUCUACAAGAAUUGUAGAAAGAGCUCUUUCUGAGCAGAUUAACAUCUUCUUUGACUACAGUGGAAGAGAUUUGGAAGACAAAGAAGGAGAGAUUCAAGCAGGUGCUAAACUGUCAUUAAAUCGACAAUUUUUUGACGAACGUUGGUCAAAGCAUCGGGUUGUUAGUUGUUUGGAUUGGUCAUCUCAGUAUCCAGAGUUACUUGUGGCUUCCUAUAAUAACAACGAAGAUGCUCCUCAUGAGCCUGAUGGUGUGGCCCUUGUAUGGAAUAUGAAAUACAAAAAAACUACUCCAGAGUAUGUGUUUCACUGCCAGUCAGCCGUUAUGUCUGCUACAUUUGCAAAAUUUCAUCCAAAUCUGGUUGUUGGUGGUACAUAUUCAGGCCAGAUUGUGCUGUGGGAUAACCGUAGCAAUAAAAGAACUCCAGUGCAAAGAACUCCACUGUCAGCUGCAGCACACACACAUCCUGUAUAUUGUGUAAAUGUUGUUGGAACACAGAAUGCUCACAAUCUGAUUAGUAUCUCUACUGAUGGAAAAAUUUGUUCAUGGAGUCUGGACAUGCUUUCCCAUCCACAGGAUAGCAUGGAAUUGGUUCAUAAACAGUCAAAGGCAGUCGCUGUGACAUCUAUGUCCUUCCCUGUUGGAGAUGUCAACAACUUCGUUGUUGGGAGUGAAGAAGGUUCUGUGUACACAGCAUGCCGCCAUGGCAGCAAAGCUGGAAUCAGUGAGAUGUUCGAGGGACAUCAAGGACCAAUUACUGGCAUUCAUUGUCAUGCAGCUGUUGGAGCAGUGGACUUCUCACAUCUUUUUGUCACUUCAUCAUUUGACUGGACAGUAAAACUUUGGACAACUAAGAAUAACAAGCCUUUGUACUCAUUUGAAGAUAAUUCCGACUAUGUUUAUGAUGUUAUGUGGUCACCCACCCACCCAGCCCUGUUUGCCUGUGUGGAUGGCAUGGGUAGGCUGGAUUUGUGGAAUCUCAAUAAUGACACAGAGGUGCCAACUGCCAGCAUUUCUGUGGAGGGUAAUCCUGCUCUUAAUCGCGUAAGAUGGACCCAGUCUGGAAGAGAGAUUGCCGUGGGUGAUUCUGAAGGACAGAUUGUUAUAUAUGAUGUGGGAGAGCAGAUUGCUGUCCCCCGAAAUGAUGAAUGGACACGGUUCGGCCGAACACUUGCAGAAAUUAAUGCAAACCGAGCGGAUGCAGAGGAGGAAGCAGCUGCCCGAAUACCUGCUUAGCUCCUGAAAAGGGAAUAUGUAGCCGUAGUGGAUUUGGGGAACACUCUAAGUAGAUCCUAGAACUAUUUGCAUGCUUCUAUCUAAAUGAUAAUUAAAAGGAAAUUUCGUGGAUUAAACUGUGGAUUUAAUGCAGCAAGCAAAUCUUACAAAGUCCUUUUUUAUAUAACAUGCAUCUUGUUUUGGAUUUGUGUCAUUUUUAAUGCAGCUGAUUGACUUUACAGAAUGCAGCCUUUUCUGAAUUCUUAUACACAGAUGUAUAUUUGGUAUUCUUUUGAAGUCUUUUCAGCUUAUAACACUAUACACAGUUAUUUCUAAAGCACAGAUUAAGUAAGUUCUACAUAUUUUUAAAUAAUCACAAUUCCCUGUUAUACUGGUAAUGUUCUCACUAACCAUAAUAUGUAGGAACAUUGUUUAUUCUUAGCCAUAGCAUGAAUACAUCUAUCGAGUUCCAUUCUGAUAUUCUUUUUUUCCUUUAUAAUUCAUGUGAUAACAAUCUAUAAAUAAACACAAAUAUGCUUUAA